CGAAGCAGCCUCCCCAUACCCUCUGACCUCAAGGGAAGCUGGUCUACUUCCUCCCAUUUUUUUUCAUCAAAGAAAGUGCCAAUAAGCAGCAAUCGGCAAGAAUGUGAACAACUUUUCCAGUGGUUGAUAGCAGUGGCUCACACAGCUCUGCAGAUCCCUAAAAAGGACCCAGGACGGGAGCGCUCAGUAGAACCACCAUGAAGACCUUUAGGAUUGCUCUUCUUAUCCUCCUCCUAACCCCGCUCAAGCUCCUCGCUACAGCAACUGAGACACCCAAUACGAGUGUUCCUCCUCCCAAUACAUCUGUCCUUAUAACCGAUGCUGCUGCCACCGCUGCUGAGACCACACGCAAAACAGUAAAUGCCACGGACAAACCAACAGCAACACCACCCCAUCUCUCAGUGCAGUCCACAUCUCCACAUGCUAAGGAUGAUGACAGAGGGGCAACGACCCAGGCCACAACAACUGUUCCCACGAGUGACCCACUCCAAAAUGUGACCACAGUUCAGGCUACAUCAAAGACUCACCCACAAGUUAUUCAGACAACCACAGAGAGACAUGGUUUUCCUUCACCGGGAUCCUUGACCACCUCCAGACCAGAAGAGAAAGUUUCAGGUGGUGGAAUUACAGGUCAGGAAGGAGACAAGAACAAUAGGAAUGCGGGUCAAGAUACCAGUCACCGGGCUGGAGAUGAAGAACCAGAAACUCCUAAAUCAAAUAAGAAUAUGCUGUGGAUUCUUUUGCCAGUCCUGGGAGUUGUGGUGGCUGCUGUCAUUGUCUUUUUCAAAUUUAAAAGCAUGAAGGUCCACGAUCACACAGAGGCAAUUGAUAAUGGAACAGAAAAUGCUUCUUUCCAGAGCAGGUCGGACAGCACCAAAGAUGGUGUCAUGCUUCUCGGGGUGAAGUCCUCAGGUGCUGCUGCAAGAUAAAAGGAAGGGCGUCCCAUUCGACUGUAUAUGACCAAUAGCUCUCACAACCCGAAAAAUGGUCAAGACCGUCAACUAUCUAAAAAUGCUGGACAAUCAAAUAUGGCAUAUAAGAAUCCCGAAAGCUAAGUGGGGACAUUCUUAUACUGUAUAGUGUGGAAAGAAGAUUGGUGUGGAGUAUUGUGGGAUAUGGGACUCUUAACUGAACAUGUGUCUGUUAAAAAAUAUUCACUAGGAUACUGUAUAUCAUUUAAAAAAAUAUGUACUUCACUGUUUUUUGUAUUCUUAAUUUGAUGGUAAUUUAGCCAAGGAGGAACUGUGAUCUCAAUUUAAUCAAGACUAACAUCCAGACAUUUCAUUCAGGAAAACAAUGCUAGAUUUUGAAUUAAUGUGAAUAAAUUAACCCAAAAGCUCAUUGUCUGGGUGCAAGAGGAUUGUUUGUCUCAUCCCUGUAUUUAAGAUACUGGUUUUUAUUUUAUAUCACACAAACAUGUAUGAAAUCCAAAUGCACUGAACCUGAAUUCAGCACACAAUUCCUUGAUUCAAACCAGUUAGUGACCAGUACACAUUAUUAAGUGUUUGUAUGCUUCAAAUAUGUUGUAAUAACUUAUUUAGCUUUCAGGGUAAAUGCCAGGAUUGCAAAGAUAAGCUAUUUUGUCGGUAUGUUUCCUGCUUUUCAACCAGUUAUUGUGUAUAUUAGAGCAAACAAUAAGACUUCCCAUUGGUCAAAGAACAUUUGAAUUUCUCAAAUAAAGAAGAACGUAAUUUGA